UAGCCAGCGUGAAGACGAUUACGUGCGGCGUCGAUCGAGAUGGCGGCGGCGACGCAGGAGUACAUGGAGAAGGCGCAGCUCCGGCAGAGCUACCGCAACGUCUGGCACACCGACCUCACCAGCGCCACCCAAGCGGAUCUCCCAUACUGCUGUCUGUCGCUGUGGUGCGGCCCAUGCGUCUCCUACAUGCUUCGCAGGCGUGCUCUCUACAACGACAUGUCAAGAUACGUGUGCUGCGCCGGGUACAUGCCAUGCAGCGGGAGGUGCGGCGAGAGCAGAUGCCCAGAAGUAUGCCUCGCGACAGAGGUGUUCUGCUGCUUCGGCACCUCUGUUGGGUCGACCAGGUUCCUGCUGCAGGACGAGUUCAACAUUCAGACGACCCAGUGCGACAACUGCAUCAUCAGCUUCAUGUUCAUCCUCCAGCAGCUGGCCUGCAUCUGCUCCAUUGUCGCCUGCAUCGUCGGCAACCAGCAGCUGUCGGAGGCGUCGCGGGCGAUCUCCUGCUUAUCUGACAUGGUCUACUGGACGGUCUGCUCCUGUAUGCAGACGCAGCAUAAGGUGGAGAUGGACAAGAGGGAUGGCAAGCUGGGCAGCCCAAUGGCGUUUCCUGCGAUGCAGCAGAUGUCGCGCAUGUACCAGUAGACCGGGUCCGUGCCGCGCCCGGCACACUACAGGUGGCUGGGGUUGAUGUUUGAGGAAUGGACGGAGAUCAGAUCAUCUAGCUCGAUGAAUAUGUGUUUGUAGUUUGUACACCAUUGAACUGUCUCAUGUUCCAUUUGGUGAUCCUGUGAACUUGCAAAUUUCUCUGUGAGGGCGGGCGAUCUUCACCUGACCCCUCCCACUUCGAGAGACAUUAUGCAUAUAUAAUGGGAAUAAAUUGGCAUAUCACGAUUAUCUUUCCGUUCAUCUAGAACUAGUGUCUCCUCCUUUUCUUUAUGAGACGAGGCUCCAUAACACAGCCACAGGUGAGGGGGUCUCAGCACCAACGAUUUGGUUACCAGAAGUAGCCGGUAGCCGGCAUACCACAAGUAGCUGGGGUUGAUGUUGGAGGAAUGGAUGGAGAUCAUGUAGCUGGAUUAAUAUGUUGUUUGUACACCAUUGAGAACAUGUGAACUCUUUCAUUUUUCA